AUGGCGCCCUCCACCACCGUCGCCCUGCGGAUAGAGGAGGCCCGAAACCUCGCAAAGAAGGAACCCGCCAAGGCCGAGAGCAUUUACAAGGAUAUCAUUUCUCAAGGCCCAGGAUCAUCGGAGACUUCGUCGCGUGUCUACGAGAAUGCGCUGAUUAGCUUGGGAGAGCUCUACCGAGAUGAAAAGAAGCCACAGGAGAUCGCAGACCUUAUCAAGACCAGCCGUGAUACUUUCUCCUCGUUUGCCAAGGCAAAGACGGCCAAGUUGGUUCGUCAACUUCUGGACCAGUUCAGUGAAAUCCCGAACACACUUGACAUCCAAACCGCCGUCAUCACAUCUUGCAUAGACUGGGCGAUCUCCGAGAGGCGAUCCUUCCUUCGACAGAACCUCCAGACUCGUCUUGUGAGCGUCUACAUGCAGAAGCAAUCCUACUACGACGCUCUCACCCUCAUCACCCCCCUUCUUCGUGAGCUCAAGCGCUUGGAUGACAAGCUUAUGCUGGUUGAGGUGCAACUGUUGGAAUCACGUGUAUACCAUGCCCUGGGUAACCAGGCUAAGGGGCGCGCGGCUUUGACGGCAGCUCGGACAUCGGCUGCAUCUGUCUACACACCUCCUCAAUUGCAGGCCAAUCUGGACAUGCAGAGUGGUAUGCUACAUGCUGAGGACAAAGAUUUCAACACCUCGUUCUCCUAUUUCAUUGAGGCUUUGGAAGGAUACAGCUCGCUGGAUGAAGGCGAGAAGGCGACUGCGGCUCUUCAGUAUAUGCUGCUGUGCAAGAUUAUGCUCAACAACGUGGAUGACGUGACGAGCCUGCUAGGCUCCAAGCAAGCCCAGAAAUAUGCCAGCCCGCGACUCGAAGCCAUGAAGGCUGUGGCACGUGCCCAUGCAAACCGAUCUCUCGAAGAGUAUGAGAAGGCUUUGACAGACUACCGAUUUGAGCUCGGCAGUGAUGUAUUCAUCCGCAACCACCUCCGAAAGUUGUACGAUGCCAUGUUGGAGCAAAAUCUCAUCAAGGUCAUUGAGCCUUUCAGCCGAGUCGAAUUGGACCAUAUUGCCAAGAUGGUCGGGUUGGAUACGCAGCAGGUGGAGAGAAAGUUGUCACAGAUGAUUCUGGACAAGGUAAUCAUUGGUGUACUGGACCAGGGUGCUGGUUGCUUGAUCGUUUUUGACGAGACACAGCGUGAUCAGGCAUACGAUGCUGCCCUGGAGACCAUUGAGAAGCUGAGCAAUGUGGUGGAAGGGCUGUACACUAACCAGGCCUCUAUGCUGGAGUACUCUGCGGGUCUGAUUCCCCCGCCUGCUGUCAUUAUGAACCCAAUGAACGCACCAAUGCAGCCCAACUACGCUCGUGGCUUCCCGCAAGCCGCCCAGCGCUCCCCUGCCACGCCUCGUCGCGGGCCUCCAGGACCAGUUGGCCCUGCGAUGCCGGUUCCCAUGGCUCAGCACGCCGUUAACCCUCAAUAUAUCCCCGCCCAGCGCGCCAUGCCGCACCCCAACGACGCCGUCCUGCGUCGAAGCCGCAAGCCCACAGACAAGAACAUCCCCGAUGGCAUCGAGGAUGCGGUGAUUGGAGAGGGAGUGCAGCAAUACAAGAGCCUACGCGAUUUGGAGAAGCGACUGGACGCCGCUAUCGUGCGGAAGAGAUUGGACAUUCAAGAUUCGAUCAGCAAAACCGUCAAGAAGUACCGGACGAUGCGCAUUUGGAUCUCUAACACGGUGGAAAGCCAGCCUUGGCAGAAUGCUGCAGGCCAGAAUGGAGCGAGCAACCCUGGUUCGGGACGCUACAAAGUGAGAGUGGAGGGACGAUUGUUGGAUGAUGAUAGCGACCCUACCAUUCCAGAUGACAGUGAGGAUGAAGAAGAUGAUGCCAACGACGAUGGAGAUGCAAUGGAGCAUGAUGGAGCAGAUGCAGAAAAGCCCAAGAAAUCGGCACCCAAGCGAAACAGGCAGCGCUUUUCACAGUUCUUCAAAACAAUCACUGUCGACUUUGACAAAUCGCCAUCAAUCAACCCCGAGGAAGUUCAGACUAUCAACUGGAACAAACCGCAAAUACCACCAAAUGCCACAUCUAUUCCCCCAACCGCGGAAUUUGACUCCCUGCAGUUCUCCCGGGCUUCGCAAGAAAACCUAAACGUCACAAUCAGCCUUGUGAGAGACGAGGUUCCUGAGCGGUACAAACUGAGCAAGGAGCUCGCAGAGGUCCUUGAUGUUGAGGAGGAAGCUCGAAGCGGGAUUGUGCUCGGCAUCUGGGAUUACAUUCGGGCAAUGGAACUACAGGAAGAUGAGGAGAAGCGACAAGUGCGCUGUGAUCAUCGAUUGCGAUCGAUCUUUGGCCGAGAGCAGAUGUUCUUCCCUCAAAUCCCGGAAAGCAUUGGCCCUCAUACCAGCCCCAUGGAGCCCAUCAAGCUCCCUUACACUAUUCGCGUGGAUGAGGAUUUCCACAAGGACCCUACUCCUACCGUCUACGACAUCCAAGUCGCGGUGGAAGAUCCUCUCCGCGCCAAGAUGCUGGCUCUAACCCAAAACCCGCAAUACACAGCGGCAAUGCGGCAAAUUGCAUCCCUGGACGACCAGGUGGCACUCAUUGUCCAGGCUCUGACGCACUCGAGGGCGAGACACUCCUUCUACACGGCACUGAGCAAAGACCCAGUCACUUUUGUGCGUCGCUGGAUUAACUCGCAACGCCGGGAUCUCGAGACAAUCCUGGGCGAGGCCACCCGUGGCGGCGGCGAAGAUGGCAGCGGACCCGAGUUCCGACGAGGAGGAAGCGAAGGUGCAUGGGAUACCCCAGUGGCCAGAGAAGCAGUGCGGUAUAUGCUUGCCAAACCUGAAGCUGCGGCUGCAAGAUGA